AUGCGGCCCGAUCGUGUUUGCUACACGCCGGUAAGGAUUUCUACGCUGCUGGCAUUCCAAGCCCUCGUGAAACGCUGGGACAAACAGCGACUGCAGAUAUAUACCGACGGCUCGGUCUCCGCGGGCGUCUCCACAGCAGCACUGUUCCUCCCUUCCGAAAACAUCGAACAAGCCUUCAAGCUCCCCCACGAAACGUCGCCCACCGAAGCGGAGCUUGUAGCCAUUCACGAAGCACUGAAGCUUGUAUCCGCUCGUCCACCUGGAAGCUGGACAGUCCUCACAGACAGCAAGUCGGCGCUGGAGGCACUGUCUUCGCCUCGCUCGCAAGUGGUUUCUGACAUCCGCUCACUGAUCCUGGUUGUGCACAACCUCCUCGUCACCUCCGGCCACUCCGUGUGGUUUCAGUGGGUGCCAAGCCACAUUGGCUUGCCGGGAAACACACGUGCCGACACAGCAGCGAAGCGCGCUCAUGGCGCAGCUGAGUGCAACACUGUCAUCCCGUUAUCACCAUCCGUCUGCCGCAUACACAUCCGCCGGCGCGUUUCCUUCGACACCCACCUCUUCAUGGAAAACACUGUCGCAGCCAACACCUUCCUCCACCGCAUUGACCCGAAGAUGGCCUUCAGUGUGUCGCUGCGGCUGUCUCGAAAGGAAGAGUCGGCUCUGCAUCGUCUUCGCCUGAAUGUCGCCCGUACUCCAUCGUUCCUGUUCAAGAUCAAGCAGCGCCCCUCUUCGGCGUGCCCCUCCUGCUCCACCGACGCCGACACCCAUCAUUUACUCAUGACCUGCCCAAGAUAUGCCGCUCCUCGGACCGCACUCACGCACCGUCUAUCUGCCCUGGGGCACAGAGACCUGUCUUUGGCCACCCUACUGGGCCCCAAUGUAGAACUACGAUCAAACACACAAAGACAUACAUCUAAGCACAAGCACACGAAGAAGAAGAUUGCGAGCUCAGAAACCGCCCGCGAAGAGAUCUCAUUGGUAGAAGAAGAAGAAGAAGAUUACUGGCCACUGGCUGGUGGCCACUGUUCCUAG